AAGACGUUCCAGGAGAAGUACGGCGAGGACCUGGUGAAGGUGCUGAGCGGCGAGCUUAGCGGCGACUUGAAGAAGGUGAUCCUGACCGCCAUGCGCGGUGAGGUGGCCGAGUUCAACGCGUCGAUCCACACGAGCGUGAAGGCUGCUGCGGACGCGGACGCCCUGUACAAGGCGGGGGAGGGCCGCAUGGGCACGGAUGAGACGACGUUCAUCAACAUCCUGGUGCUGAGCCCUGCUGAGCACGUGCGCAACAUCAACAGUGCGUACGUGGCGAAGUACAAGACGGACCUGGCGGGCGCGAUCACGGCGGAAUUCUCUGGCGACGCCAAGCGCGCUCUGCUGUUCCUGGUGCGCUCGGUGCUGGAGCCGGUGGAGCUGCUUGCGGAGCUGUUCGAUACGACGCUGAAGAGUGCGAGCAAGAACGCGUACGGUUUGAGUGCGUGGGUGGUGCGGUACUACCGCCUGCUGGUGCGCAUUCGCAUCGUGUACAUGCGUCUGUACCGCCAGGAGCUGCGCACGCGCAUCCAGAGCGUGGUGAGUGGCGAGUACUGCCAGCUGCUUCUGUCGGUGUUUGAUGCGGCCGAGGUGGAGUUCGGUGCGUCGGCGUCGGCGUCUGGCUCGGUGGUUGCUGCUGGUGGUGGUACUGUGAGCACGUCGAGCGGGUCUGCUGUUCGUGGUGCCGCUGCUGCUGUGGGCGGUGCUGCUGCUGCUACCGCUGCUGUCGGUGCGGCCAUUGGCGCUAGCGCGUCGGUGGAGGAGAAGGCGAGGAUCUCGUCGAGCGCUGCAGUGAGCGCCACCGGCAGCAAGACGGCGAGCGUCUUGGAUUCUGCUUCUACGGUGACUGCGUCGAUGUCUGGCGUGAGCGAAGAGGAGAGCUCUGUUGCUCUGACGGAGACCGCCACGGCCACCGCGGCGAUGAGCAGCCUGUACGCCCGCUACGCCCGCGAGGGCAGCAGCGUCGAGUCGAUGACGUUCUCUGCCGAUAUCGAUGCGGCUGCGCAGGAGAUCCAGCGCGUGUGCACGGGCGCGGCUUCGGACGAGGCUGCCCUGGCAUCGCUGCUGCUGUCGAAGACUGCAGAGCAGCGCUACCUGAUCUGGUGGCGCUACCGCAUCCUGUACAAGCAGAGCCUGACGGUGUGGGUGAAGAGCACGAGCGACUACGGCCUUCUGCUGAAGAUGCUGGCGAGCCCUCUGGAGCACGUGGAGGCCGAGAUCCUGCGCAAGGCGACGAAGGGCCUGGGCACGACCGAGGAGUGGAUCUACCCGGUCGUGAUGGCGCGCUCGAACGCCGAGAUCGCGCUGCUGAAGAAGACGUUCCAGGAGAAGUACGGCGAGGACCUGGUGAAGGUGCUGAGCGGCGAGCUUAGCGGCGACUUGAAGAAGGUGAUCCUGACCGCCAUGCGCGGUGAGGUGGCCGAGUUCAACGCGUCGAUCCACACGAGCGUGAAGGCUGCUGCGGACGCGGACGCCCUGUACAAGGCGGGGGAGGGCCGCAUGGGCACGGAUGAGACGACGUUCAUCAACAUCCUGGUGCUGAGCCCUGCUGAGCACGUGCGCAACAUCAACAGUGCGUACGUGGCGAAGUACAAGACGGACCUGGCGGGCGCGAUCACGGCGGAAUUCUCUGGCGACGCCAAGCGCGCUCUGCUGUUCCUGGUGCGCUCGGUGCUGGAGCCGGUGGAGCUGCUUGCGGAGCUGUUCGAUACGACGCUGAAGAGUGCGAGCAAGAACGCGUACGGUUUGAGUGCGUGGGUGGUGCGGUACUACCGCCUGCUGGUGCGCAUUCGCAUCGUGUACAUGCGUCUGUACCGCCAGGAGCUGCGCACGCGCAUCCAGAGCGUGGUGAGUGGCGAGUACUGCCAGCUGCUUCUGUCGGUGUUUGAUGCGGCCGAGGUGGAGUUCGGUGCGUCGGCGUCGGCGUCUGGCUCGGUGGUUGCUGCUGGUGGUGGUACUGUGAGCACGUCGAGCGGGUCUGCUGUUCGUGGUGCCGCUGCUGCUGUGGGCGGUGCUGCUGCUGCUACCGCUGCUGUCGGUGCGGCCAUUGGCGCUAGCGCGUCGGUGGAGGAGAAGGCGAGCAGUACCGUUGGCAUAGUUAAGAAAACAGUGUCGUCCUCGGUGACGGCGAUGUCUUCUACGAUUGUCCGUACCGUCGGGUUUGGCAAUCUGUACGCUCAGACCUGCCACGAUGUGGCCGGUGGUGCGACCUUGGGUCUAUACGCCGACAUUGAAGCUGCUGUUGAGGAGAUCAACUCCAAAUGCACUGGUGGCGCGUCUGACGAAAAGACUCUUGCAUCGCUGCUACUGUCGAAGACUGCAGAGCAGCGCUACCUGAUCUGGUGGCGCUACCGCAUCCUGUACAAGCAGAGCCUGACGGUGUGGGUGAAGAGCACGAGCGACUACGGCCUUCUGCUGAAGAUGCUGGCGAGCCCUCUGGAGCACGUGGAGGCCGAGAUCCUGCGCAAGGCGACGAAGGGCCUGGGCACGACCGAGGAGUGGAUCUACCCGGUCGUGAUGGCGCGCUCGAACGCCGAGAUCGCGCUGCUGAAGAAGACGUUCCAGGAGAAGUACGGCGAGGACCUGGUGAAGGUGCUGAGCGGCGAGCUAAGUGGUGACCUCAAGAAGGUCAUCUUGGCUGCUAUGCAGGGAGACGUGCCGAGUUUUGACCCUGCCGUGCACACGAGCGCCAAGGCUGCGGCGGACGCUGAUGCUCUGUACAAGGCUGGCGAAGGGAAGUGGGGCACCGACGAAGAGACCUUCAUCCGGAUCGUGGUGUCGAGUCCUGGCCAGCACCUGAAGGACGUCGACGCCGCGUACUCGAAGAAGUACAAGAAGACGAGCAUCGUCAAGGCCAUCAAGGGCGAGUUCAAGGGCGACGCCCAGGCGGCGCUGCUCUUCCACGUGCGCAUGGUGUUCGAGCCGUUCGAGCUUUUGGCCAGUCUCUUCGAGAGCACGAUGAAGGGCCUGGGCACGGACGAGUACGGCCUCAGCGCGGCGGUGGUGCGCUACCACGUGCUGCUACCCGAGGUCAAGACGGCGUACAAGAAGCUGUACGGCAAGGAGCUCAGCCAGCGCAUCCGAGGCGACACGAGCGGCGAGUACCGCGACCUGCUGCUGCCCAUCGUGGACGGCCAGUAA